AUGGGUACGUUUCUUACUGCCAAUUUCACCUGCAAAAAUACAUUUUUUAGUUGAUGUUCCGAGAAAUUUCCGUCUGCUAGAGGAGCUGGAGGAGGGCCAGAAGGGAAAAGGAGACGGAAACAUCUCGUGGGGACUUGAGGAUGACAGCGACAUGACUCUCACCAGAUGGACUGCUUCGAUUAUCGGCCCGCCAAGAGUAAGCCCUUCAAUUAGUCUUCUAACUUCAUUUCGGUCAUAAAAUUGAUAGUUUAGACUACGCUGUUUCAUUCUUAUUGAUUUUCCAUAUUUCAGACUCCAUACGAAUCUCGCAUCUACAAUCUGCAAAUCCAGUGUGGACCGAACUAUCCGAGAGAGCCGCCAACUGUCCGUUUCUCCACCAAAGUUCAUAUGGUCGGCGUCAAUCAGAGCAACGGAACGGUGAGAAGAAGAUUUCGAAUAGUUUUCAGCUGAAAUGUUUACUUCAGAUCGAGAAAAGAAAUCUGGCGACGCUGCGGAACUGGAGCAACAAUUACAUGAUUAAGAACGUCCUCGAGGACAUCCGCAAGAACAUGAUGCUGGCCAAGGAGAACCUGAAGCUGCAGCAGCCAGCCGAGGGUGCCUUGUACUAA